AUGCUAACGGAUAAUUUAGACUCUGGAAACACUCCUGCACGUAAACUCUUCUCAGACAGACUAGUAAACAGUCAGACAAAGAGUAAAACACCAGAAACAGAAGCCUACCAAGCAUGCUUGAGAAGUGUACUCAGAUUUCAAGAUGAAUACAGCAUUGACUUGGAUCAGUUGGACAAGUUGAGUCAAGUAGAAACUGGACAAUCUACUUGGAAGUGGCAAGUAAUCGACUUGAGGAAUGAAUAUGUACCACCAUUUUAUCGCCAACAUUGUCAUCGAUCAGAUGGAGCACUGAAUGACCACAAACAAUGUGUCACAGAUAAUUCAACUGAGGAACACCCAUCUACAAAUUCACGAACUCUACACCGGAUAGGUGCAAUUCACAGAUGUCACAGUAAUGGGAUGCAUCCUGAAUCAUACAGAAGUGCAACGGCCAACACCUCCCAACUUGACCAGUCUAUUCCACUAACCAGUGAGGCUAUACAUACUACAUCUAACAAUCGCACUCAGACGUUAUUUGCACUAUGGCAACCAAAGAUUAUAAGAGGAAGUAAUAACGGAAAGAUUAAAGAUCAGUUGUCGAAAACUCACACACCACUGAAGACUGAUCGAGAGAGCCACACCUCAUUGAGACAUCGUUCUAAAAGUCUGGACAGUCAUUCUAACAACAAUUCCACUCCACUCAUCGAAACUGAUCAUUCUGAUAAGACCAGAUCCUGUGAAUAUCAUUCUUGUAGUAGCCUCCAGUUGACCGACAUCGAAGAGAACAAAUACCAAGUUGGAGAUUAUCUACCAUCAGAGAAGGUGAAUGGUAGGCAAAAGGUGACAGGAAAUCCCAUCAAAUCUCACUAUGACAUUAAAAGUUAUCGUUCUACAUACAGGCGAUGCUAA